AUGCUCGCGUCUGAUGGACUUGAACCCGGUACCUCAUGGUUGACAGUCUUCUACGCUACUCACUGGCCUAAGUCACUCUCACAAGGUCUAUGUUUAUUCCACUUAUAUAAAUUCACUAUAGGAAUCCAUAGUCACACCUUAACAGGACACUGCGCUAAAGUCCUGGCAGCUAAAUUUCUAGGAGAGCCUUCUAAAGUGGUUACUGGUAGCCACGAUCGCACCCUUAAAAUUUGGGACCUUCGAAGCCGUGCUUGUAAGCUCUCGGCUGCGAGCUUACUUGAUAGACAAAUAACCAAACUUUAUUUGGGGUACUUGUGGGAUUGCUACACAGGCAUUGAAACUAAAUUUGCCGGCUCGAGUUGCAACGACCUCGUCACCUCUGAUGGAGCUGGAUCCACCAUAAUCAGCGGUCACUUUGACAAGAGAAUCAGAUUUUGGGAUACCAGAGCCGAGUCGAGUUCCAAUGACAUCCUACUGCAGGGAAAGGUCACGUCGCUUGAUUUAUCACGAGGAUUUAACGCCAAUUAUUUAUUGAGUUGCGUGCGAGACGAUACGGUCAAGCUCCUUGAUCUACGUAUGAAACAAAUUGUUGGAUCAUUCAGCGCGGACGGAUUCAAGGUGGGCUGCGACUGGGCGAGAGCUACCUUCAGCCCGGACGGACAGUAUAUCGCGGUCGGAUCAGCUGAUGGGAGUGUUUUUAUUUGGAAUGUCAUCACCAACAAAAUUGAAACGAUACUCAGAGAUCAUACAGAUUCACGGGAAUUAUAA